CAACUCGUUGUACAAACUGGCAGCUCUUCCCUUUAGAUUUAAAGAGUCAAGCGGAUCCAGCAUGGCCCCCAUGGCUGUCCCGACCCAGCACCAUCACCGUAGCACCACCAAGCAUGCGAACAAGACUUUCAAAUCAAAACAUGCGACGAAAGGCGCUCUGAAGGACUUGCACAAGGGCAAGGUCGAGCUUCGAGAGAAAGGCCCGCGGAAGACAGCCCACCAGCAAAUGAUGUCGAAACUUGAACGGAGAAAUCAAGCCCGUCAGAAACAGAGGUUAAAGCGGCAGGUGAAGGCGGAGGCUAUUAGCAUAUUCUCUGGCCAGAAUGGCGCCCCGAGACACGUCGCUGUGGUCCCUGUCUCGAAUCAAGUUGAUCCAAACGCGGCCAUCUCAUCUCUAAAUGAGAGUGUUGACGUUACGGACGGAAGUGCACACGGCGACUUACUUCGGGUGCGAAUCGAUAGGUUUAAGCAGAACGUACUUUAUAUCCCCGCAAAGAGGGACCUGAUCAGUGCCUUAGAUGUUUGCCGCCUAGCGGACUUCGUCGUUUUCGUCCUGCCGGCGGACGAGACGCUCGAUCAUGACGCCCAGUUACUUUUUCGAUCGGUUGAAGGCCAAGGUAUUUCAAAUGUCGUUGCUGUUGUUCAAGGACUUGAUAAAAUAAACCCUCCCAAGAAACGACCACAAGUUCUUUCAUCUUUAAAGGCCUCCAUCAACCGCUUCUUCCCUACUUUGGAAAAGGUGCACUCGUUGGACUCGAGGCAAGAAUGUGCGAAUGUCUCAAGGGGAUUGUGUACGGCGACACCAAGGGGGAUACACUGGCGAGAAGACCGAAGUUGGAUGCUCAUUGAAGACAUACAAUGGCCGGAGACAAGAGACGAAUGUGGCCAGGUUUCCGUCACUGGAAUUGUGCGUGGAAAAGGCUUAAAGGCCGACCGCUUAGUUCACGUUCCCGGCUGGGGAGACUAUCAAGUAUCGUCUAUCGUUGCCGCGCCUCUAUCUUCUCGGAAUAAAAAAGAAGAUUCGAUGAACGUGGAUGAUGACAGAGAGGUUCAAAUCUUGAAUGAGCCAACGGCAGAUGCAGACGAUCUCGCUAUCGUGGCCCCCGAGGAUGUCUUCAUGGACGAUGAAAUGGUGUCGAUGGCAGACACGGAGAGGAAGGGAGUGCUCCUUGAUGACCAUCACUACUUUUCGGAUGAAGAAGAGGAAGAGGUUUCAAGACGACCGAGGCGGCUUCCAAAGGGCACAUCUUCCUACCAAGCAGCAUGGUAUUUAGAUGACGUAUCUGAUUCUGGGUCCGAUAUUGUCGAUAAUAUGUAUGAUGACGACGAGGAAAUGGAACUUGAUGAUGAGGCCGGCCCUGAAGAUGGAGUCUUCCUUCACGAUAACCGAGACGCCAUGACUGAAGCUGGGCCCUCAGAGUACCCUCAGUCAGAAAUGUUCUUAGAUCCGUCUCCCGAAGAAGAAGCCCAACAAAUAGAAGAAUAUCGUGCGAGUCGAAAGAAAGAAGAGAGCGACGAUCUUGAAUUCCCCGAUGAAAUUGAGCUUCAUCCAGGAACGCUCGCAAGGGACCGACUUGCGCGAUACCGGGGUCUGAAGAGCCUGAAAACUAGCAUAUGGGAAACCGAAGAGGAUCGAGCACAUGAGCCAGAAAAUUGGCGCCGCCUGCUUCAGAUUGCGGAUUACAAAGGUUCGAGAAACCAGUGCAUCCGUGAAGCUCUUGCGGGUGGCGUAGCACCGGGCACCAGAGUAAAAGUUCUUUUACGCGAUGUGCCUUUGGCCGUCAGGCAAAGAUGUCCAGAGCCACUUGCUCUAUUCUCCCUUCUCCGUCAUGAACACAAACACACUGUUGUCAACAUCAAUAUGACACUCAAUUCGAAUGUUGAGGAACCUAUUAAAUCUAAAGAUGAAUUGAUUAUCCAGUAUGGCCCUCGCCGGCUCGUCAUCAAUCCGUUAUUUUCGGCACCCGGUACCACUCCGAACAAUGUUCAUAAAUUUGACAGAUACUUGCAUCCUGGGCGAAACACCGUGGCAACAUAUAUCGGCCCCAUCGCUUGGGGCUCGAUUCCAGUGCUGGUCUUUAGGAAUACGUCUGUACCGGACCCAGAAGUCUUGGACGGAAACGACACAUCCUCCACAAUCAAUGCUCUGCAGUUAAUUGCAACGGGAACUACUAUGGCGCCCGAUCAUGGACGCGUUGUUGCCAAGCGUGUUAUUCUGACUGGCCAUCCGUUCAAGAUCCACCGAAAAGUUGUUACGGUGCGAUACAUGUUCUUCAAUGCCGAAGACGUCAAUUGGUUCAAAGCUUUGCAGCUAUGGACCAAGCGAGGGCGCAGUGGAUAUAUCAAAGAGAGUUUGGGGACGCAUGGGUACUUUAAGGCAACAUUUGACAAUAAAAUCAACCCCCAGGAUGCGAUUGGAAUCAGUUUGUACAAGCGUGUAUUCCCUCGCGAGGCAAAACAAUGGACUGGCGAGAAUUAGCCGGUUUAUAUAUUCACGAGUAUUUAAAAGUUUGGUCUCCCUUUUGUUGGUGACAGCUGUGUUCUCGGCGUGCAGGUUCCCUUCCCUUGAGUGAUACCUCUACUACGACAAGAUAUGACAUUGACAUGAUGGGUCGAAUUUUUGCAAUGAGAUAACUAGAUAAUGAACCAUACAAACUGAUAGUUGCAUACCAUUGCUUGACUGUCAAACCUCCUGA